GCAUCUGCCGACUCCCCCUUCCUCUUCCUGUCGCUCAUCUCUCUCCUUGCCUGCCUCCCUCCUCGCUGGUAGCGGCGCGAGCUAGGUGAGGUCGACGCGGACGAUGGGCGCGGCUGUCGCGGGCUCAAGAGCCGGCGGUGGCAAGAAUGGGUCGGAAGGCUGGUGGGUUGUACAUAAACCCAAAGAAGUUUGGUGGUGUCGUCAAGCCUUGCAUGAUGGAGAUGACAUCCUUCCUCAACUGCCUGGCCUUGAACAAGCAGAGUGAUGACAAGUGUGCGAGGCAGAAGGAGCUCUUGGUUACCUGUACUCAGGCUCAGAAAGGGAGGCCAAAGAAUGCAGCGAAGACCAUCAAUUACCAUCUUCAGCGACUUGGGCGAGACAAGUUCCACUAGCUCCUGUGAUACCGAGACUGCAAUUUCCUUUUCAUGUUUAUCGCCUUGUCAUCCAGUUCAGAUAACAAUAAAUUUUUUUCCCAAGUAGCUUUGCUAGAAUGAGCAGAGCAAUGUUUACGCAACGAUGAAGUUGGAAACAAUUUUAAUUUCAGACUGUAAGGCAUCAGCACGAUAUCGAUAUGGUUUUCUUCUCUCGCUUUUGCUUGAA